AUGAUAAUUUCGUCGUACCACCUGUUGGCGCCAAGGUGCCGCCGGGACCAAAAGGUAUACAACAAGUCAAUCCACGUCUUGAACACAGUGGCUAAAGGAAUCAAAGGAUGGCCAUUCCUUGGAAGCGCGCCAGCUCUGGCUGCCGUUGACACCAAUGGGAUAAUCGGUAUCUUCAAGAGCUGGGCCGAGCAAUAUGGCUCCAUCACUCAGUUCAGCGCCAUGGGCGACAAGCAAGUCAUUCUUACCGAGGAUAAGGACGCAAGAGAGCUCUUUGUCAGACGGGGGAUCAAGUAUUCUGAUCGUGGAGCUCCUCAUGCCGUCGAAUACAUUUCGAUGAAACAGAAUCCCGGUUUCAGGCCCAAGGAUGAUGGAUGGCGCCGCCAAAGAAGCAUGAUCCAAAGCGCGAUCAACAUCACCUCCAUCAAUAAAUACCAGAGUCUGAUGGACGAUGAAGCCACGUUCACCGUGAACGCACUGCUGCAGUCCCCGGACUCGUUUCAUGGCGAGUUCUUGCGAUAUUCCUACUCCGUGUUGACGAGCUCGUUGCUCGGCUUCUCAGUCCGCAGUCCAUCGGACCCUUUCAUCCACCACAAUGAAACCUUCACGGCCGAACUCAUGAACUCUUUCCGUCCUGACUGCUUCCCGAGCAACGUGUUCCCUGUGCUCCGGAAACUGCCCAUGUGGCUUCUGCCCAGCUUGAGAACGAUGGAAAGGCUCCGGAAAGAGUAUGUGGGCGAGAUGUGGGCGUUCAGGAGGAAGAUCGAGAAGCUCGUCAAGGAGGGCUCGGCGACAGAGUGCAUCUAUAAACAUUUUCUCCUCCACCGGGAUCAGUAUAACGUCACCGAGGAAGAGUCGGUUCACACAUUUCAGGCCAUGAUUGACGGUGGGACCCGCUCGCCCCACAACAACCUGCUAACAUUCCUCUUCCUGAUGAUGGAGUUUCCCGAGUGGCAGAAGAAGCUGCAAGAGGAGGUCGACAGAGUCGUUGGCAGGGAUCGAAUGCCGAGCUAUAGGGACAUUCCUAACCUGCCUACUGUGAGAGCUAUUGUCAAGGAAACAGUCCGAUACAGAAGUAUUGUCGCAGAAAUGGGCAUUGGCCAUUGCCUGCAAACGGACGACAUUUACAAGGGCUACUUCUUUGAAAAAGGCACUGUAUUCAACGCUAUAUUUGCGUCUAUCCUUAUGGACAAAGACACCUACCCAGACGGCAAACUUUUCAAUCCUGCGCGCUGGCUGGAGCCUAGUUACCCGACUUACAAGGAACCCCUGACCACGUACCCAAACUGUCAGGGCUUUCCUGCAUUCGGCUAUGGUAGGCGGGCAUGCCCGGGGGUUGACUUUGCGGAGAGAACCCUGGUCAUAAUGUUUGCGAAGCUGGGAUGGACGAUGAAUAUUCGAUGGCCGAGGGAUGAGGACGGUAACGAACUUCGGGAGGAAUUACAGUAUGAACCAGUGCCAGCGCCGAGGCCGUUGAAGUUUGGUUGCAGGCUUGAGGCUCGAGAUGCUGACCGCGCCAAGAUAGUGGAGGAAGCAGCGAAGCAUUUGAAGUUGCAAUGA